GUGGGAGCAAGCCCCGUUACCUCCGGAAGAGCGAGCCUUCGACCCCGGCAGUUGCGCACCGCCGUACUCUCACGCGAGAAGAUGGCGGACCCCUGGCAGGAAUGCAUGGACUAUGCGGUCACCCUUGCAAGACGAGCUGGAGAGAUGAUUCGUGAAGCUCUACAAAACGAGAUGAAUGUUAUGAUUAAAAGUUCUCCAGCUGACUUGGUAACAGUUACCGACCAGAACGUUGAGAAAAUGCUUCUCUCUUCAAUAAAGGAAAAGUACCCAUCUCACAGUUUCAUUGGGGAAGAAUCUGUGGCAGCUGGGGAAAAGACCGUCUUCACCGACAAGCCCACGUGGAUCAUUGACCCUAUUGAUGGCACGACCAACUUUGUGCAUAGGUUUCCUUUUGUAGCUGUUUCAAUUGGCUUCGUUGUAAAUAAACAGAUGGAGUUUGGAGUUGUGUAUAGCUGUGUGGAGGAUAAGAUGUAUACUGGCAGGAAGGGAAAAGGAGCCUUUUGUAACGGCCAGAAGCUUCGGGUCUCACAACAGGAAGAUAUUACCAAAGCACUCUUGGUGACUGAGUUGGGCUCGUCCAGAAAACCAGAGACUUUGCGGGUUGUUCUUUCCAACAUGGAAAAGCUUUGCUCCCUUCCCAUCCACGGAAUCCGGAGUGUUGGAACAGCUGCUGUUAAUAUGUGCCUUGUGGCAACUGGAGGAGCGGAUGCUUACUAUGAGAUGGGGAUCCAUUGCUGGGACAUGGCAGGAGCUGGCGUCAUCGUCACCGAGGCAGGCGGAGUGCUGAUGGAUGUGACAGGUGGACCAUUUGAUUUGAUGUCUCGGAGAAUAAUUGCUGCAAAUAAUAAAGCAUUAGCCGAAAGAAUAGCCAAAGAAAUUGAGAUAAUACCUUUACAAAGAGAUGACGAAAGCUAAUUGGCACAGGACAGUGUCCAGCUCCAUCACACUUGCGACCCUGGGAUGUUUGUGAUGUAUGAUGUCAUUGAUUUAAAUUUGUCUUUGAGGUCCUGAUUUUAAAAUGGGAACAUUUCAGAUGGCAUAUGCAAAAUUAGAUGGAAUAUUUGAUUGUUGAAAGAAACUUUACGUGUAAGAAUCUCUUGGGGAAAGUAUCCAGGAAAUCUAAUUAAUGAACUUGCUGUGGAAUAAUCACCAGUCCACAUGAUCCCCUUAAAUUUUAGUAUGCUAUUUAUAUGCACAAUUCUCAGUCGUAAAGUUUUUGUUUUGUGAAAGUCUUUCUUCCAAAAGCCAUAUUUAGUUAUGUGUGUGACUCUACAGCAGGCUCUCUCCUCGCAGAGACCUUUUGUUGUGUUAUUCUCUGUAAUUCGGCACAGUACCUGUCAGACAGCGGGCCGUCUAAAGUCAGCAGCUUACGUGAGUGCCUGGAGCUGCAGUUCCUCUUCUGAUGGCACCUGUUCUGAAGCUAGUUUACCUCGCUGUCCUUUUUAUAUUCCAUAUUGCCAUUUCACAGGACUUCCAGAGACGGUUGCUUAUUGUGGGCAUUUCUGCAGUUAAUAUAGUACUGUAUGCUGCAGGUUCUGUCUAAGCCCCCAUGCUAGAGAUUUUCACAGCAGUCUUUCAGGUAUCUGCUGUAGUUAGUUACAGUGUAACGUUUUACUAAAUGCAGUAUUCACAGUCAGAUACUUAACUGAUUUUGGCUGUGCUGACGAUGUCUUGUGGCAUUAAUGGUGAACUAUUUGAUUUCUUUCCAAACUCCUUGCUUCAUUUCAUCAUUGCUGUCUGUAUACUCUAUAAGGAUCUUGGGCCUCUCGAACCCAAGAAGAAAAUUUAAUGGUUCCUGUUCCUUUUGAAAGGAUUAAUUUAUUGUUUAGUUUAUGGUUUUAGCCUUGGCCCUUGGCAUAUGUACAGAUAUUUCUUUUUGUUUUGUUUUGUUUGUUUGUUUUUCAAGACAGGGUUUCUUUGUGUAACAGUCCUAACUGUCCUGGAACUUGCUCUUGUAGACCAGGUUGGCCUCGAACUCACAGAGAUCUGCCUACCUCUGCCUCCUGAGUGCUAGGUUUAAAGGUGUGCGCUACCAUUGUUUGUCUAUGAACAGAUACUUUGUUCUUGUAUGUUUGAGCCUGGCCUUUGAUAAAAUAAAGUGUUCUUAUAAGUUUGAAGGCAGAAAUUAUUUUAUUAUUGGGCGAUUUACUGUAUUAGAUCUCUGUGACACUCUGAUUUGGGCUCUGUAAUUGAUAUAUUUCUGCUGUUAGCCACAUGACUUAAACAUCACAUACCAUUAAAUCCUAUUACAAGACAGAUUAUUUUGGAGUUUAGAUUUAUUUUAAGACUAUUACGAAUAACAUUUUAUUUUACUGUAUGUAUUUAUGUAUCCCGGGCUGGCCUCAGAAUUGUUAUGUAGCUGAUGAUGAACUUGAACUCCUGAUGUCCCUGCCCUCUCUCUCUAAGUUCUGAGAUACAGAGAGAACAGCAGGGCACCAUCAUGUCACUAGUGCUGAACCCAGGGCCUCAUGCGUGCCAGAUCAGCAUCUCAGCCCAUGAUUAAUGUUUAAAUUAAAAGUGUAAUUAAUGAUAUAUUAUCAAAGUCUAUGGUCUCAACUCUUUUUGGGGGUUUUGAGUUAAGUUACAAAUAUUUGAAACUAAUGUAUGUGAUUGGUUAUGUAUUUUUACCUUUUGCCUAUAGUUUUCCCAAUAUAGGUAAACACUUGAUAUUUCCCCCCAUGGCUGUUUGUGUCUUUUUAUUCUAUGUGCAAUUGAGUAAUAUCUGCCUGAACAUUACUUAGAUGUUAAAAAAAAAGGAUGAUUAGAAAGUAAAUUACCCCAAAAUAAUUGGGAAAUCUUGUUCUGUGUGACAGAAUGUCCUCUGUUUAACCUGUUACUGUGUCCCAGUAUUUAUUUCUCUAGUUCUCAUUUUCAGGGGACUUCUUUCCCUGGUCUCUCUGCUUUUGAGAACCAUUAACUCUCUGAUAAGUGAUUCUUUG